ACCUCCACCACCCCCCCCCCAAAAGAAAAAAAAAAAAAAACAUAAAUAAAUAAAUAAAACAAAAACAAAGCCAAACACCCCAAAGCCCACACCUUUACACACAGAUUCUUUCUUUUCUUCAAAGUUUUUUUGUUGCUUUUGAUUUCUUCUUUUGCUUUAUUCGCUUUUUUUCUGAUUCUUUUUUUCUCCGAUUUCUGAGAUUCUUUUUUUUCUGGUGUUUUUGGGGGUUUUAUUAUUAUCUAUGGAGCCGCCGGAAAGUACUAAAUUAGCCUUGGAAGCGGCGGAGGAGAUUAUCUUACGCUGGGAUUCGACGGCUUCUGAGGAUGCCAGAGACAAAAUGAUCUUCGAAGGCGAUCGUCUCGAAGUCGAUCGCUACCUUCACGCCGUCGAUCAUGUCCAACGCUCUAUGUCUGAGGUCUCCAUCGCCGAUGAUGACCAGGCCAAAGUCAACUCCGCCAUUCAGAUCGCCAUGGCUCGCCUCGAGGAUGAGUUCCGUAACAUCCUCUUGAAUCAUACCGCUCCAAUCGAGACCGAUUCGCUCACCGAUCCGAGUUCUUCCACUCACUCAUCCAUCUCCGCCCGAAACAGUGUUUCGACUGCUGACUUCGAAGACGACGGCGACGAGGAUAAGGAUGAUGAUGAAGACGAGCUUCUUAAGCGUGGUGACUCUAAUAACAGUGUCAGUUACAGGUCCACCAGUAGUAUUCGCGAGAUCGAUCUGAUACCGUCCGAUGCGGUGAUUGACUUAAGGAGCAUCGCUGAGCGUAUGAUCAACGCUGGAUACUUGCGCGAGUGCAUCCAAGUCUAUGGUAGCGUGAGGAAAUCGGCCGUCGAUUCGAGUUUCCGGAGGCUAGGGAUCGAGAAGCUUAGUAUCGGUGAUAUCCAGAGACUGGAGUGGGACCAGCUGGAGGCGAAGAUCAGACGGUGGAUAAGAGCCGCUAAGGUCUGUAUCAGGAUCGUGUUCGCUAGCGAGAAGAAGCUGUGCGAGCAAAUUUUUGAAGGUUUGGGCACGGCUAUCGAUGAUGCUUGCUUUAUGGAAACCGUUAAAGGUCCGGCGAUUCAGCUAUUCAACUUCGCCGAAGCCAUUAGCAUCAGCCGGAGAUCGCCAGAGAAGCUGUUCAAGAUUCUGGACCUUCACGACGCUUUGAUGGACUUGAUUCCCGAUAUCGAUGUUGUGUUCGAGUCCAAGUCGUCGGAGUCAAUUCGGAUACAGGCGGCGGAGAUAUUGUCGAGGCUUGCGGAGGCAGCGAGGGGGAUAAUGUCGGAGUUCGAGAACGCGGUGCUCCGAGAGCCGUCGAGGGUUCCGGUACCUGGUGGGACAAUUCAUCCGCUGACAAGGUAUGUCAUGAACUACAUAAGUUUGAUAUCUGAUUACAAGCAGACUCUGAAUGAGCUUAUAGUUUCCAAACCCUCGACGGGUUCGAGGUACUCCGGCGAUCCAACGACGCCGGAUAUGGAGUUCACUGAGCUGGAGGGGAAGACACCCUUGGCACUCCAUUUGAUUUGGAUCAUUGUGAUUUUGCAAUUCAAUUUGGACGGCAAGUCUAAGCACUAUAAAGAUGCUUCAUUGGUUCAUUUGUUUAUGAUGAACAAUGUUCAUUACAUUGUUCAGAAGGUGAAAGGGUCGCCGGAGUUGAGGGAGAUGAUCGGAGAUGAUUAUUUGAAGAAGCUAACGGGGAAAUUCCGGCAGGCAGCUACUAAUUAUCAGAGAGCAACUUGGGUCAGGGUUUUGUAUUGUCUAAGAGAUGAAGGUUUACAUGUAAGUGGAAGUUUUUCAUCUGGGGUUUCGAAGAGUGCUUUGAGAGAGAGGUUUAAGACCUUUAAUGCUAUGUUUGAGGAAGUUCAUAGGACCCAAGCUACUUGGUUGAUACCGGAUUCCCAGCUUAGGGAGGAGCUGCGAAUAUCUAUCUCGGAGAAGUUGAUUCCAGCUUACAGAUCAUUUCUAGGGCGGUUUAGGAUUCAUAUAGAGAGUGGCAAACAUCCAGAGAAUUACAUAAAGUACUCUGUUGAGGAUUUGGAGACUGCCGUCUUGGAUUUCUUUGAGGGGUACCCUGUAUCGCAGCACCACCACUUAAGGAGGAGAUCUCAGUGAUGGAGUGGAGAGUUUUUGCAUCUUUAGAAGCUAGGAAACAUUCUUUUAAUUUUUUGUGGAGUAUUUGGGUGACGUGGUGCUGGUCAAUCUGGGCUUUCCUGAGUUCUCAAUUUUUUUCGGGGAAAAAAAAAAAAAAAAAAAGAGUUAGUUUUCAUUAUCUCUUUGAUUGAAGUGGUCAGGUUCUUGAGAAGAUCAGGUGUAACUCUCCAGAAUGGCCAAGUCCCUCAGCCUGAAUGCUUCUGCCCUCUGCAAGGACCAUUCACUUGUCCCCAGAUCCAAUCCCUGUAUGAAGCAUAAAGGUGCCAUUCAAUAUAUUCUCUCUGAAGUUUCACAAAGUUAAUAUAAGAGUUGUUUCUAAUUCUGUAUGAUUUUUUAUCAUACUCAGAUGGUUUUGUUGUAUAAAUUUCUGGAGUUAAGAAUUACAAAAUUUUAUUCAAUGAGUAAAUACAAAGGUGUUGGA